AUGCGCUAUGCACCCACCCGCGGAGUGUUUUCACCAUUACGCACGGAGGAACACUUGGACGAGGAGAGCGCGGUGCAGUCAGGAGAGUUAAAACCUCGUUUUUCACACGCACAGGAGGAUGAGAGACAUUUUCAUUAAUAUUUAGCCAAGUCUCCAAACUUGCAUCAAAACAUCUUGAGAGCAGAGCAGAGUCCAGCUGCCAUUCACCCUAACAGGAAUGGUGGAUCACUUACCGCUUGGUGAGGAGACCUUCCUGUACUAUACUAGCUCAUCGGUGUGUGACCACAGCAGCCUCUGUCGCAAUGCCAGCGAGGUGGUGUCCCGACGUGUCAUGGUGACCGACGCGUGCAUCUACCACCCCUACCAAGGGGUGUCCUCUUCGCCCGGGCUCUCUGAGGAUGACCUCAGCUUCUCCUCCAGUCCUCGAUCCUCCCUCUGCUCCAGCCCGGAAUCGCUCUCGCCCAAAUCCCACGCCCACGUAAACUCCGGCUAUGAGGCGAGGAGCUCUUCUGGAGGUGAGAGUCAAGACAGCCUGCUAGAUCUCCUCCUCUCGCAGGGAAUGACCACCUCAAUGAGCUCCAGCAUCAGCAGCAGCAGCUUGCUCUCCAUACCACCUCCCUCAUCUUCCACUGCCCCUCUUUUACCUAUGGGCCUCACUUGGGAGUCCAAGAGGGACCAGAGGCUGGGCCUCGUGCAGCACCAAGCCAAAGAGGACUAUUCCGAGUUCCCGAUUCUCCUGGAUGAGCUACAGGAUCCUGCGGCGAUUCUUUUUCAGCCCACUCUGGAAGAGAUUGAGGAGUUCUUGGAGGAGAACAUGGUGGUGGCGAUGGAGAAGGAAGACGAGGGGAGCGACGAGGCAAUGUCACCAACACCAGAGGACUCAGAGGCUGAAAGCGUAAAGACGAUAGCCAUAGAGGUCUUGCAGAACACAGAUCAGACUGUACCUGUGUCCCAUUCGCCACUGUCCGCCCACACGGAGACCAAACAGACACUAAAUGCAUCUAACUUGGAGAGUUCAUCAACAGUCGAUGUGAGCUGUAUAAGUUUGAGUUCCUCUUGCAAUGAAGUCAAUGGAAUCAAACAGGAAGACUGUGGUUCUCCAUCAGCCUCAGGAAAAAACAACAGUGGUGCUUCCAGUGUGCCGGUCAUCUUACAAAUCCAACCCAUCCAGAUCAAACAGGAGCCUUACCCAUGCACUGUCUCAGACACUCAGACCCAAGAAGCUCAAUUCCAGAAGUCUCAAUCGACGCAGGGUCCAUUGGAUAUCAAGAUUGCCCAGCUUCUGGUCAACAUCCAGGGCCAAACCUUUGCCCUAGUGCCUCAGCUGCUUUCCCCAGCGAACAUUGCAUUUGGGAACAAAAAUUCAUCUAAAUUUGUACGGAUUGCGCCAGUGCCCAUUGCUGCCAAACCCACCGGGCUUGGGGAAGGUAGUGGAGCAACCACAGGGGUCCUCGCUGGAGGGCAGAGGUACCAGAAGAGCGCAGUGGCAGACCUUAUUAAAAUGCACAAGUGCUCUUUUCCGGGCUGUAAUAAGAUGUACACCAAAAGCAGCCACCUUAAAGCUCAUCUGAGGAGGCACACUGGAGAAAAGCCUUUCGCAUGCACAUGGCCCGGUUGUGGAUGGAGGUUCUCUCGAUCCGAUGAGCUGUCCCGACACCGGCGCUCUCACUCCGGAGUAAAACCAUACCAGUGCAUCGUCUGUGAGAAGAAGUUUGCCCGCAGCGAUCACCUGUCAAAACACCUCAAAGUCCACCGCUUUCCACGAAGCAGCAGGACAGGGCGCUCUGCAAACUGACCCCUUCGACCCCCGCUCUGAAAGACUGACGCGAAGCGAGGGGCGGGCGCAUGUGACGAAGGAGAGAGGAGGACAUGGGGAGGAUUCAAGUAGUUUGCGCCGGACUUGAGUGUUCAAACGCACGUGUGACGUUCGUACUGUGAUCAUUUAAUGGGUGGCAAUGAAAUGACUGUAUAAGGUAAAAAAAAAAAAAAAAAAAAAAAUUACUUGACACGCAACCCUCGUGUGGAAGUGGAAUAAGCUUCUUGUACAGAACAACUUUAUUUUUGUCUCGCUCAAUCUUGGGACUAAUUAUAAUUGAAGAUCAAUUUGCUGUUCAGAGUAUUUUUUACACUUGCAGGCGUGUAUAUUGUUUAUGUCUAAAAAGCCUUCUAUAAAAGUUGUAUCACUGAGGUUUCUGGUACUCAAAAAACCCAAGUGAUUCUUUUUUUUUUUUGCCUUUACGGAGCCAAAUGUUGCCACACAGGAUCAAGAAACACAUUUGUUAUGAUAUUAAUUUAAUAUGCCGGACAUUUUAUUGACGCGCUUUGUGAAUAAUUGUGGCCUUCGUUUAAUGAGUCCCCUGCCAAGUAAAGGGACUACGAGUCGGUGCUUCUUAACUGAGCUUCUAACUUUCAAGUUCAAACAAGUACGCAAUUGGUUUUGAAUUAUAAUUUUUUUUUCCCGCCAUUACUCCUGCAAGUCACUGCUGCAAAGAGUCAGCUGUGAACCAAUUGUCUUCAAACCGGAAUUGCUGGUGUAUAUCAAAGCGAGAACCCAAAACAUAUUAAAACGGAUACAACUUUUGACUUGUCAUCUUUAAAGUCCCUGUAAAGUGAAAACGAAAAGGUUUUCUACAUUGACACGCCACAGAGAAGUGUCUUUAACAACCCAUCCAAAUUGGAAUGAUUAAAAUAUUCGACAAGCGUAUAAAAUAGAGCUUCAGAGUAAUAAAGAAUCAAGUCGUUGUCGCCGCUCUCAAAUACUGUGGGCGUGUCCACUCAGUGCGCUGAAACCAUCAACUGUCCAUCAAAUACCAACUUGCCUUUACAUAACUACAUCUUUGAGCUGUGAAAAUAUAUCCGCUUAAAGCUGUUGGUGGUGACUUUUUCCACACCGCCACAAUUGCACCGGAUAACCGCUGUAAAAUAUCAGGAAUACUGCAAUGGUGAAAAACAGUUUAACACGAUAGCUCCACAAUUGAGCAUGUACUACAUAGUUCGCAGUCUUUGCAAGUUUUCAGCAAUUAUCUUCACACAUGUGUCGUGUAUUCAGAAACAGAUCUCUGAAUUGACUUUACAGGGUCUUUAGGAAAUUAGUGUUUAUGUUUGAGCCAGAAUCUGCAUAAUUUUUACACUUUUACCAGCCACAACUCUCAACCAAUCAUCCUCAAACUGGAAUUCUAGGUCAGUGUCAAAGCUAGCACCCCAACGUUAUUCAAAGAUAUUUGACAGACAGCUUCCCAGGUUGCUGAAAUGUGUUUGUUUUCAGCAAUGCACCAAUCUCAUCUUCCUACCAGUUGUCUUCAGAUUUCUGGAAGCGUACCUGUCAAAACGUCCACCCUAUUGUCCUCCAACUGGAAUCCUUGGUCUAUUUCAUAGCAAGAAACCAAUUGAUUUUGAAUGAUAUGUUACAAAAAGUGCCAGAGGUAGCUAAGCUAUAUUUCUUUUUCGGCAAUGUACUAGUCACAGCUUUUGACCAGAACUAAUUAUUAGUCAAUAUCAGAGAAAGAACACUAUUGAUAUUCAAUUAUAUCUAUCAGACAACUGUCCAAGGUAUAAUAACCGUGCCUUAAUCAGUCACUUCCAAACAUGUUCCGUUUUAGCACUUUCAAUAGAUUGUGUCUUCAUCCACCAGGGCAAUAACCCCGAUAAGAUCCAAGAUGCUGCAGUUCUGCUCUUUUCUAAUCAGAGGUUUUGCACUGCUUCUUUUCUGCUUCUUCUUCCAUACAUGGAAGAGUAAAUGCUGCAUCGACAUUCCUUUGAGCUUUGAAUACGUUUCUCAGUUGAAUGGCAGGAAACCAAAAAAAAAAAUAAAAAAAAAGAACAUUGUAGAAGAAUAACGUUUGCUGCCAAAAUCAUGACAUUGUGUAAUUUGCACCGGCAUGCAAGACAUUUCUGUUUGUUUGCCCUCACUGAAUAUUUUGAGAGUUGCCGUGUUGUUGUAUUGUGGUCAAUCUUGACUCAGAAUCUCAGCAAUCCCUCGUUUGCCACAUCUGGUCAAAAUGUCUAGCAUCUGACAUUUUGUCACAUGGCAAAUGAAAUCAAAAGCUGGUGCUGGUUUAUCUUUUUACCAUUCAGGAAACACUUUGUAAUUGUUUUUGUUAGAAGUGAGCCAUUUCCUAAAACUUCAGCCCUGCCUACAUCUGUGAAGAGUGAUUUCCUUUUAAGCCACUGCGGUAAAUACGAAUGGACUGUGGUCAAUAAUGCAUUUAAAAGUGACAAAAAUUUGGUCAAGAGCUAAAGACGCAAAGCCGCUGGUAAUUAAACGUAUGACAUAACAACAUCAUACCUUCAAAUACACUAAAAUGAGCAGAUAAAGUUUGUUCGAAAAACAAUGCACCCGGGCACUGGAACUUUAGCACUGACUACAGAACAUUGGAGGGAUCUUGGCUGAUCUAGCAAUAGCUAUAGUCCACUAAAUUAGGGAAUCUAGGGUCACUUUGGCAAUGAUUUAAACAGUUUUCUACAAAUAUUUACUGAUUCUUGCUAACUGACUGCGUUCGAUGCGCAUUUAUCUACAAAUCUGGAUCUAUUUAUCUUUGCGCUGUUUGCUUUAUUGUCUGGUAAUCAGCAAUGACACUGAGUCAUUUAUAGUAAAUUCCUGGUUCAGCCUGGCCUGAAAUCACAUCUUUGGGUUUAUAGUCAACUGAAAAACUUGAAAAUAUGACAUUUUCCUGCCUCAAAAUGUGCCUUUGUUCUUGGAUUCUGAGGAAACAGCAGCUUUUGCUUCCAUUCAUAUUAUUUUCUUUUUUGUGUGUGUCUGUGUUGUAUUAGUUAAGGUAUUGUGGGAAGGCCAACAAAUUCUCUCAUCGGUUUGAGACUAAGCUUAUAGAUUGCUGAAUUCUAAAUUGUGUAACUUUUAGUGUUUGAGGUGAAGCAUGUGAAAAUGGACCGUCAUUUUUGUCAAUUGUUUUUUAUAAUGUAAACUCAUGAAUGUAUGUUGUAUAUACAUUUGAAAGGAGAAAACUGUAAUGUUCUGUGAUCAUGAAAUAUUUUCUGUAAAGAAAGUGUGUAAUAGAUUCAAAUACAUACUUAUAACAUGCGGCUCAUGUCAAAUGGCUUUAUUAAAAAGGCUUUGUAACAAUUUUACAGAGUAAAAAUGUAA